AUGGCCAGCGGCACCAGUCACCUAAUGACACAGCGACAGUCCAGCGUCUUCGAUGAGCUGGUGCAGAUUGAUGAGUUUUUCGCACAGCUGCAGAAGCCUAGCAAUUUGGACUCGAUCCGCACCAAAGCCGGCGAGUUUUGCAAGAGAAAUGAACACCUCAAGAUUGCCCUGAUAACGUCUGGCGGCACGACGGUGCCAAUGGAGCUAAACACAGUACGGUUUGUUGACAACUUUAGUGCCGGCACAAGAGGAUCCGCUUCCACAGAGUACCUGCUGCAAACGGGCCAAUAUGCGGUCAUCUUUCUGUACCGUAGCAAGUCACUUGAGCCCUACUCUCGGCACUUUUCACCCGACGAGUUGCUCAAUCAGCUGCAAUGGGAGCCAGAGACGGACGACAUUACAGUUUCCUCGUCGUUUAAGCCUAAAUUAAGAGAGAUCCUUAAGCAUAAGAAGGAAACAGAAGAUCGAUUGCUAAAGAUAACAUUCACUACACUUUCCGAGUACUUGUUUACUCUGCGCGAGUUGACCUUAGUGCUGAAUGAAUUUGGCUCCAACACUAUGCUCUACUUGGCGGCGGCUGUUUCGGAUUUCUAUAUUCCACCCGAAAAUAUGGCAAUACACAAAAUACAAUCAAGUGAACCUUUGAGGUUGCACUUUGAACUGGUGCCCAAAGUAUUGCGACCUUUGGUCAAGUUUUGGGUUCCUGAUGCUUUUGUAAUCUCAUUCAAGCUUGAAACCGACGAAAACAUUUUACUGUCAAAGGCGCGUAAAGCUCUGACCAAGUAUGGCCACAAAUUGGUGAUUGCCAAUGAGCUGAAUACCCGGAAGGACAAAGUGACUCUGGUGACAGAGACAGAUUCAGAAGUGAUCAAAGUUGACAGCCAGUUGAACAAUGUAGAGAUUGAAAAGUUUAUUGUGGAGAAUGUCGUUCAGCGGCAUCAGGAUUUUAUAACGCAAGUCGAAGCAGAGACAUCGACUCAUUGA